AAGUCAUUGAAACAUCACAAAUUUGGCGUCCGGCAUGCUGUUCAAAAUACAGUGGUGCUUCGGCAGCCUAAACUUCAGCUUAACCGAACUGCUCUCAACCGCUCUAAAGCAGCCCUGGCAAGAUCACUGAAAGCCCAAUUAAAGAGAGAGGCCAAGCUUGAGAGGAGAAGGAAGUCCCAACAUGCAUUUGGUGUGCUACCCACAUCCACCCACUCCCCAGGUUCAGCCUUGUCUCAGCUUUCGCCAUUUUCCAAACUUGUUGGUGACUCGGCCAUUGAGAAGCAUAAGUCUGGAUUAUUUGAGGGGAUAGAAGCAGGAGCUGGAUCCUUUUCACCAGGCAGUUUCAGUAUGUCAUGUCUUUCUUAAUCAUUAGUAAAAUAACAAUUUUCUAAAUAAAAUUUAAAGUUUUAAUAAUAAUAUGACAAAUUUAUGAGUUUUGUUUUUAAAAAAAUGUUCAUACUUUUUCAAAAUUGUCAUAGGUAGUCCCCCCGCCACACCAGUCCAACCAUCCAAAGGGAUUAAAGUGGAGAUCAAAGAAAGUUAUCAGUCUUCCUUGAUAAAAGAUGAAGUUUUGCUGAUGAAAUACACCAUAGGUGGAAAAGGCAAAUGUAUUAUUUGCUCAACUAUAUGUGUAAUCAAGAAUAAUCGCAAGCUGCCCAAAGUUCCUAUUUGUAUAUGCUGCAAAAGAACCUAUGUUUUUAAACGCAGUCAUAGCAAUGCCACUUGUAAAACAGGAGGUAAGUUCAAGUUUGGUUUAUUUUCUACUUCUUGUGUUUUGGAACGUUCGCUCGUCUCACAGUAUUUUAUUCUGUAUUUUGCCAAGUUUAACCGCCAAAUUGUUUUAUAUUAGUGUUAUGUCUUUUCCAAAAAGAUUAUUAAUAUUUAUUAAAUUGAGGAUGCAUAACAUUUUGGUCAUACAAUACUUCAUAUCUCCAAAUGAAACUUGUGGUUGUUUAGUGAAUUACUUAUACCCAUCUAUUUUUAUUUUUAGAUUGUUAAUCUAGCUUGUUUUUAAACAAACCAAUUAUAUCUACUCUUUGCACCAUUUUUACCUUCACAAUUAAAGGUCGGUGUAAUGUGCACUACUCAAUAAAUGAUUGUGCUGACUGUAAAUACAGAAAGUUCAAAGCUGUGCUCCAAAAAGCCAUGAGGCUUAACUUGAUUAAAGAUAAAGCACAUGAUACUCCUUUUCUUGGGACUUUAGAACCAGUAAGUAUUAAACUGAUUCAGUAUUCUAUAAAAAAAUAUAUAUUUUUUAUUGGUGGGGUUGGGUGGGUGGUGUGUUUGUGUGGAUAUGGAAUAAUCACACAGAUUAAAUUAGGGAAGCGCAUACCUAUCCUGCAUGUUGUAUUAGACUUGCCCAGGGCACCUAGCAACUGAUCUACAUGCUCAUAACACAUAGCUUACCUCUUUUACCACGUGGAUGUAGCUUUUUAUAUGGAGGAACUAAAUAUUUUAUCAGAUAUCUACUUUUUGCUACACAAUUGCAAGGACUAGAAGUUAAGAAUGGUUUACCAAGCUUUUGAGAGUUUUAUGAUCAACCCUGGAAACUGACCAAUGUAGAAACUAUGGAACAACAGGAAAUAACCUCGAACAUUAGCCCUAGUCAAAUAUCCUGUUUUUUCCUCAAGUAUUUGCUAAAUAGCCUCGAACAUUAGCCCCAGCCAAAUAUCCUGUUUUUUUCUCAAGUAUUUGCUUCGGGAAAUAAUACUAUUUCUAUCCAUAUGAAUACAAUAAUAUUUAUUUCAAAAUUAGGAAUUUCAAGGAAAUUAAAUAAACUAGAAUCAUUAGUAAUUCAGACCUGUUUACUCUUACGAUUUUGGCAUACAAUGUACGAUUUUGAGGUGUAUAGAUUAUAAAUACUGUAUGUUUAUUUUUUUACUAUUAAGAUAAUGUAUUGAAGGAUUUUGUGAUGAUAUUGUACGAUUUUAAGAGUUUGGGGAUAAACAGGUCUGGUAAUUUAAAAAAAAAUUGAUUCACCUCAUAUAAUGAAUUUGAUAGUAAAUAUAGAUAAUUAAAAGUUCAAUUAUGCAGACUGUAGAUAUAUCAUCAGGCUUGACAAAGGGAUUGAGUUUACAUUCUUGCAACCUUAUUGUUUACCGCUGGGGGUGUAUAAAAGGUUUUUAAACUCUAUGCACCAUGUGGAUAAAUUAAUUAAAUAUUUUUGUACAUCAUGGAUAUUUUAAUUUUCUAAAUUAAUUUGAACACUUUAUCUCCCCAAACCUGAGUUCACUAGUUCAUGAUAUUAAUCAAGAAUUUAAGAUAAAAAGCCAUUUAAUAUUAAAUUAAAUUAAGAAAUUUAUUUGAAAUUUUAAAAAAAUGCAUUACAGCAAUAAAUCAAUUUUAAAAAGUUAGUUUUAAUGGGAAUUAUGUCACUUUGCCCACAUUAUAACGAAGUGCCUUCAAAAGUUUGUAUGGCUGGCAUGGGUAAAAUUAAUCACCCUCCUUUAAGAUGGUAUGAAGAUUUAUCUCCACCUCUGAAUUUUAUAGUAACCGGAUUUGGUUCUUCAUUUUUUGUUCCGUUUAAUUUACUCAGGUUUUCAAGAGAAGGAGAAGGAGGAGGUGCAGAAUAACUGGUGAGCUUAAACCAAUUGAUGCACCUACAUCAGGCCUUAAGGAUGAAAAGGCAACAUUGCCGUCUGAUGAGAUCAAGGUACCGGUCUACACUAAUUGUCAGCCUUAUUUAUUUUUAAAUAGAGUGGUUGAGAUUAUUUUUUUUUCAUACGAGACACUUGUUUAAAUAUAUAUUCUCAAUGAUAGUGGGGAAAGAAGCUUAGAUCACAGUGUACCUUUGACUCAAAGCAAUUUUUUGCUGGAAGAACUAUUUGAAGCAAAAUGCAGUUGAAAAACUUUAAAAAAUCAUUUCUAGGAUACAUCCCAUGAUCUUCAUCACAGAUACUAAAAAUCAGUUGGAUCAGAACAAAUUCUUUCCCUCAAAGUUAGGUCCGAAAAGAUCUAAAAAUUCAUUUGUUCCCCAAUAAGUAAGAAUUUACCAUUGUGCUCCUCAGGCUGUUAAAAAAUCUCAAAUAUUCUUGGUUUUGGGACAUUUUUUUCUCUGUCAUUACGUACCUUUACAAUCUUGCUGAUUGUUAAAUGAAGAACAUUGGGUACAAAUAAACAAAUAUCAGUUAUGAAAUAUGACAAUUUCUGUUUUCCAGAAACUCAUAUAUAUUUAACGAAGUAAACGCAUUGUCUUUGAUAUUCUCUCUGUUGUAUAAACCCAAUAAAGAGUUGCACAUCAUUUCUUUAUUUCAAGUAACAAUUGCAGUUUUAACAGCAUGCUGAGUUAUAAUCCUUCAUAUUGCUGCAUCAAAAACAUUAGCAAAGUUUGCCACCAUUUGAUUGAUUCUACUGAAUUUAAAAGACUAAAGCUAUAGAUCUUUAUAAUUAUUCAAGACAUGCAUUUUGUUUUCUUAAGAAUACAAUAAAUAUAACGUAACUAUUGCCAGAACACUAGAAAAUUCAUGAAAAUGAAAGAAUAAGGCUCUCGGCCACUGUUGUUUUCUUUUAUCUACGAUAUUGUUGCUACAUUUGUAUUUAUUCCAAAGAUAUCUUUUAUUAACUAAUUUUAUCACAUUCCAAUCAACUAAGCACAGUAUUUGCAUUCAGAUUAACUUAUAAAAAAAAACAAGAAACAUUUAUACCGUCAAAUUAGACAUUGAAUCUGCAAGAACCAAUAAUUCAUUUACAGUUAUGUUGUUACACACCGGUGUUGUGUUACACUUAUGAAAUGAGGAUGUCAUAUCCUCUCCUGUGUCUUUUAAUAAUUCAAUAUGGUUGCUCCAGGGACCAUAUUUAUUUACAUUCAUAUAUCCUUUUCAUCUGGCCCAGAUGAUAUUAUACUGUACCUGCUUAUCAACGGUUUACUCAGUUUUUCUUUUAGAAAUAUAUACUGUGUAGGCCUGUAUAUUGGCCUAAACUGUAUACAGAACUGUGUAGGCCCGUAUAUUGGCCUAAACUAAAGCCAUUUAUGAAUUCCAUAAUCAAGUGAAUUAACUCCUUUUAUCCUGUUACCGUUCAAACAAUUCGAGCUUGUAGGUGAGAAGUCCAAUGAGUGUGUUUUGACCCGUCGUAACAAAGAAAAAAAUAGUACCUUCAAUAGCAAACUUUCAUUUAGGCAAAAAUGCACAAAAUCAUCAGCAGUUCUGUCUUUUUCUUGUUUUUAUCUGACUAGUAUCACUUCUUGACUUGAAAUAUAAUGAACAAAAUCUUUGGAAGAUAAAUCCUGAGCCUUUUUUGUAUCAUUAUAUAUAUUAUAAUGCCCUUCAGUGAAAUUUAACAGGAUUGGCAAAGUAGCAGAUGAAAAUCGUUUCAUGAAUAAAACCAAAAAAUGAAGCACCAAAAAUACAACAAAAAAUAUCUAAGUUUACACUUAAAAUUUAUAUCUUUAAUGAAUUUACCCAUGACUUAAUAGUUGCAUGUUAAAAAUAAUUUUGGUAUAUAAAAAUGUGAGAAAAAAAUAAAGUUAUAACACACCAGUCACUAGUGACCGAAAAGUCGAGAUGACUUACAUUGAGAGUUAAAGUCAAUAAUGUCACUAAGGGAGUGAAGUUCCUUGAUAUGAUGACUGAUUUUGCACUUUAGAAAUAAUUGAGAUUUCCUGUGUUAAAAUUGUUCUAAAAAAAAUUUUUUGUAUUUAUUUGAAUCAAUAAAAGAAUACUAUCUCAUAUUAUCUUAUAAGAAAUUGACCUGAUUUUAAAAAAAAAAAAAUUUAUUUGAAAAAUAUCUUUUUUGGGUGCCUGCUAAAGCUAAAUUUCCUAACAAUUCUUUUUUUUUUUCAAGAUGGAGGCAGCAACACCAUUAAAGAAGCAGAGACAUAGAAGUGCUGAUUCAGAUAAACUGCAGUCACAUAAAAAUGGAGAGGAUAUUUUUUCAACAUCAACACCUGUUCGACAAAGGCAUAAACAUCGUAGUGGGGAUGCCUCUUUCUUUAGCACUGGUACUCCAGUCAGAUCCAGACAGAAGCACAAGAGUGGAGAUAAAAUUGUAGAGACUUCAAGCUUACGGCGACCUUCCAAACUAUUAACUCAAAACAAGGACUUGAUUAAUGCAAACAAUCUUGAUCAGCCAUUGUCUGUCGAUGUUGGGCAGGAAGCUGAUGAAUUCA